GACAAAAGAAAAGUCAGACAGAUUGAAAACACUUCACUUAAUAGAACAAGCAGUUUGCUCCUUAUAUUUUACUGUGGCCUAGCCUGGUGUCACAGUCAUGAACUUUAAAAGGCCAAUAUCCAGAUGUCCCUAAGUCCCAAAAAGCGCAGAAGAGAAAGGUUCGGUAAAAAAACUGAGCCAUAACAUAUAUAUAUUUGAAAUUUAAACACAAAUAAAACGCUAUUGUAUACGCAGGUAUUUGUUUAUUUUGUUAAAAACAUUGUUAUUAUCUUAAUUAACUUUAAGAAAAAACCGUUUUAAAUAUGACGGACUUAGGCCCGUAUUAUAGAAAGAUUCUCAGUGAUUGAUCUAGUCUUGAGCAUAGUUAGGAAGGUAUUUCGCUAUAUAUAGCACAUUGCGACAUCCCUUUCUUACUGUACUUAAGUAAAGAUCAACACAAAGAGUAACUUAGUUGUCAUUCUGUAAUACGGGCCUUAGAUUCUAACAAUCGGACUUAGGCACUAUUAUUAAGUAUCUACUCAGUUUAUUACUCUCUUUUAACCAUUUUUGAAUAACAAUGGAAAUAUAAUAAAAUAUUUUUUUCCCGCCGCCUCAGCUGUCAAAAACGAAGUUGAACAAACGUACGACGAUAUAGUUUAACGAUAAUAUGACAUUUUGCUUUUUUCUUAGUAUUUUCAGGACAACUGUACCUACUUUUUAGUACAACAUUGAUUAUGGACUUCGGAACUUCUUGAGGUAAAAGUUUAUGACACUAUAAAACUUAAGUACUUAGGGACUUUUAUGCUAAAAACAAUAAAAUAAAAAAAGUUUUUUUUUCUGCACAAACUCUUUAAUUAAAAUCAUUUAAUAGUCAACCAUAUGGAAUGUGAAGAGCUGAUUUCAAUUGUGUUUUCAGAUUAAAGAGUCCCUAAGUGAACUAAGGGACUCCAGGACAUUGGCCCUAGUUAGUAAUAUCUGUUAAUCCUGUAAUUUGAAUAUAAAAAUCUUCGAACGCAAAUAAUAAAAAAUAAGCCUAAAUAAUCCGGCUUAAUCCGAAAGUCUGGCAACCCUACACUACUUGCUCGAUAGUUCACCGAUAUUAAAUACUUACUGACUAUAUAAAUAUGCAGAUGCAAAUAAACGCAAUAUCGCUUAUCGCAAGAUCUUAAUACGGAGUUUGUGGUUCAAAGUUGUGAAGUCUAACUAGUUCAUUAAGACGAGAGUUGUUUCUUAUGUAAAACAAUUUCAUUAAAGGUCUUAACAAUGUUAGUUUAGUUACGUCUCUAUAAAUAAUGACAAAAACAUCGAAAUAUUUUAUUGUUAACCGACUUCAUAAAGAAGAUGGUUCUCAAUUCUAGUUUUAUGUAAUUUCAAUGGUGUCAAGAGGAGUCUUGUGGAUGUAGGUAGGUACCUACUUAGAGUCCCCAAUUAACUUUUGAGUUUGCUUUGUGAUAUUGAACAUUUCUUUCCGAUACCAAUAGAAAAAGACCACACGUGACUGAUUAGCAAUAAUUUUAAUUGUCGUCUCAAUGUUAAUUAAUUAUUGUGGUCAAAAUUUACAUCAGUAAUUAACUGGAUCUUGAUUAUUUGAAUAAUACGUAAGAGACUCGUAAUAAUUAUUGCAAGUAAACAGCGUGAGUAAUCACAGAAGUAGGUAAAGAAAAAUUAACACAUCGUCCAUAAUUAGGUGUUGUUCAUUCUACUCAUUUCCUAAUAAUAAGAGAACUCUUCAACAGUAUUAAAAAAUGUACAAUAUGCGCAUUUAUGAUUAUGAUUAUUAUUAUAUAUAGUUAAUUAAUCGGUGACGAUAUAAAAGACUAGCAGCCUCCCGCGGCUUUGUCCGCUAUAACUUUAGCUUAGUUUUUAGAGAAUCCCUUAGGAAGUUAAUUUUUUUCGGGAUUAAAAAUAUCCCUAUUUCACAAUCCAGGUUAUAAACAAUAUGUGUGCGAAAUUUCAUCCAACUCCGGUCGGCCAUUUUUGCGCGAUAGUAAGAAACAUACACACUUGCACUUGUUAAUAAAGCUGUAUCAAUUUUACGUUUUGAAGUACAUAAUGUGCUAAAAUUAUUAAAUUUUUAAAUAUACACUUCCUGCCUAUACCGGAAGUAGAAUAAAAAAAACAACGCUUGGCUGUUCCCUUGAAUGUACAAUGGAAAAUUAAUUUUAACCGCUGUUCCCUCAAGGGAGAGUAAGAAAAUAAGCUAAAAACAAUUUGUAUGACCCGUUCAACUUUUCAAUGACAAUAACGUAUAAGUCGACUCCACAUCGCGUUAAUGACAUCGUCGACGCCCGAUCUGUAGGAGGCGAAGGAAAUUUAAAAUUAACAUCCAUAAAAGGAGUUCGUAACGAACUUAAAAAUAGCCGUGAGAGUGUUCUUAAAUAGGUAUAACACUCGGGCCGUAGAAGGCAAGUAGAUAGGUGAGGUGCAUCCGAUAUGUGCGCUUCCGACCGGCAGACGGCUGAAAUAGCCUCAUCGCGCGCCAGAAACUAAAUACCCAAAUGCGUUUGUGAUCGCCGCGCGGUUGCCAAAUAAGGCACCAAUCUCGGAUUUCGCGCGCGAUCCCGUCCGUCGCCGGCACAACAUCGCCGGCCUGCCAAACGCGCUCUAUUCCCGUCUAAUACUCGUGAAAAAACACGUAAAAACAGUUUUUAUUUUCGACUGAAUGCCCUCUAAAUUUAGGCCGUAUGGAAACCGAAAGUAAUACGAGCGAUUUUGGUUGCGGCCGCGUUGUCUGUAUUUAGAUUAGCGGCGCGAGCGCAGGCGCGCGCUUGAUAACUGCUCGCGUGCAACCAGUGCAUUGUGCCGUGAUACGCUGUGUGAUACCAUGUUUACAUGUGAAGUGACAAAAUUGAAAGGAUUUUGAUGUCAAUGCUGCCUGAAGGUGGAGAAGUGAUGCGCCGCGUGGCAUGCGCCGACGUGUGCCCCGCGCCGCCCACGCACCCCCAUCCCCACCUCAAUAAUAACAACAGGUCAGAAAACAAGGAGCUACUAAGGCAACAACUACUUUCUGCUAGUAAAGAACGGCACGCGGACAAGACUGAACCUCCUAAACAGAAGCUUGCGAGGAACCGGCAGAAGAACCGAUGGAAGCUGAAGUUCCACCACCAGGCGCUACCCCAAGAGUACCUUGACCACUACGAGCAAAGCCUCCAGAAAGCCAACGCUAAGCAAGCCCAGAAACCAAAACCCCCAGAAAAGAAACCAGAACCAAACUUUGACAUAAACAACAUCACAAACGAAACCUUCAAAAUAUGGGCGCAGAGGUUGGCGGGCAUGCAGAAUGAGACGGGAACAUUGACCAACGUACCUUCAGUAUUAAACAUGGCAGCUAAGCCCCCUAGCAAAGAUGAGAAGAAGAAAAAAAGCCCUACUAUAGCUCCCAGUAAAAUUGUAACCUAUGAUGACUUGCCCUACAUGGGAGAAAUGACCUUGAACAACUCGAAGCCACGAAGAGGUCGCAAGCCAAAGAAAGCAGACAUCUGCCACCUUAUAUACGAAAACUAUGGAACAGUUGUGCCAGGCCAACCACCGCCUGCACAAGAUAGGUUAAACCCCCUCAGUUUGUGCCAUCCUUAUCGAUCUGAAAAUGUACAAAGUACUCCUAAAACGGACUUGCAAAAUAAAAUCAUAUCCAGUUUAUUGGAAAGGAAACUCUCACAGGAACACAAAAGGAGACUCGAGAAUCUCUCUCCGCAAAGGUUUAAUAGCCCGGACGAACCGAUGCCUGAAGCUCCGUUAACGAUCCCAGGUCCACUUCACAGCGAUGAUGAACCCUUAAAUUUAUGCAUUAGAGACCUUCAUGAUCUAAAGCUGCAGAUUCAAAAGAAGUUCGGCAACAUUUACCCGUCGAUGCCCGACGUUAAAACAGAAACCGAAGUCGAACCAGAGAGUCAGAAGGCAGAACAAACGAAUGCCAUUUCGGUAAUACAGAGGAACACCAACCUUCUACCGAUGACCGCAAGUAGUUCGCCUGAUCUAUCACGACAGACGAGGAAUAUUUCUCCUGCGUUAUCAGAGCCAGUACAGUCUACUUCGAGUCCUGAUGGCGACGGGAAGUUUCCAGGAUAUGUAUAUUGGCCCAACGCUGGUAUAUACAUGCAUCCUCUGGCGUUACAAACGCAACUUUUGUAUUACCAACGAUUAGCAGCUGCCGGACAACUGCCGAGCGAUGAACAGGAGAGAGUUCUAUCGACACCAAACAGCGUAAACGAAAGUAUGUCGACAGAAACGAAUUCAUCGUUAGACGAGAGUAAAAAUAAGCUAGUAUUAAAGCAGAUAUCUGAACUUUUGGAUCCUAAAGUGAUUAAACAAGUGGAGGAAGCCAAGCGCAGUCCGGAUCAAUCCAAGAUGAAGAGAGCUUCGCCCAAUCCAGUACCGGGACCUGUUAAGAGAAAACGGUCUGCAAUAUUCAUCCCCCCUAUGCCAACUAAAACCAGUUCAACCACGCCGACGACCGAAGUCAGUAUUUGUAAAUUUAAAUUCACCGGUGGAUCGAAACCCUCGCUGCAAGAGAAAAAGAUGCUGUCCGUAGACUCCGGGGGCAACUUCAGAUAUUACAGCGGCACGGGAAACAAAGGGAAUAAGGGCUACGAAUACUUGCAGAGGGACGCGAAUCAAAACAGAAACGCAGAAGUAGAGGCUUCCGUAUCCGCGUUACCGAAACCGGAAGGGCAAAGCUCUUCACUGAGUAAAGAGGAAUUGAAUAAAAAGAAGAGGAAGUCCAGAAAGAGCUUGCAGAGGGAAAAGUUGGAGCAGACGUUUAAGGAAAAGGGGUUCCUUAUUCAAACACAACAGUUGCAAUCGGCGGAAGGAGCUACCUACUGUAAAUUUAGACAAUUGAGGAAGUUCACUAGAUAUUUAUUCAGGAGUUGGAAAGACUACCUGCCCGGGGAGUUGGAAGACAAAAGUAAUGUGGAGCCGGCACCCGAACAACAAGCGUCGCCUAACAACGAAGGAAACGCAGGAGAGUGGGGCUGAAGAUGUGAGCUUAGAUGCACAGAGUAAAUGCAAAGAGGUGUAGUAAUGUUUCUAUGGAACAAAACGUGAAUCGGUAGCAAAAAUUACACGCUACUAAAUGGUUCUCACUUCUAUACAGUAUGCUUUAGGUUUAAAUGUUUUAGUAAGCACUGUCUCUUCUUUGUAUUUACUCUGCGUUUGGACGUUCUCGAAUAAGCCAAAGAAGUGGAAAAUAAAACCGGCUACUAAAAGAAUGAUAGUGGCUGAACAAUGCAUUUAUUAAUGUUUUUAGUGAGAUUUAAAGAGUUAACUUCAAAUUAUCAGAUUGCCACUCCGUCCACGUACUGAUUGUGUGCCUACGGUCAUUAUUACUGUUUGUUGUGUACCUUCUAGACUAGACAUAAGUCGUUCUUAAAAGAGUGUAUACUAAACCUAGUUAUUGAGAAUUAGUGUUGCAAUGUAUAAAAUUACAAAAUCUGGUAUCGUAACUAAGCUUGGCUAUUCGUAUACUUGAAAACAGUCUUUCUUUAUCAUGUUUUAUAUGAAAUGAAAAGGACAGACAGAUGUCAAGUUUACAAAAAGCAAACACGAAUAACCAAGAGAAGUGCCGGCGUGAUAUUUGCCUACGAAUCAGUAAAAUUUGUUGUAACAUCAGGUAAUCUAAAACUGACAAAAAUUUCCAAUUGAUUUUGUACCUUCUUCGUUUGUUGUGUUAUUUAUAGAGUUAUAUUAAAUGGAUUUAUCAAUUACUUUGUGUUGCCAAAAUAGUCUACCAUACGAGCUACGAGAAUAAGUUGAUAGAGAGAACAAGUAGAAUAUACCUUUAAAAUCUUAAAAUUAUUUUCGUCUUAUACACUGAAAUUUAAAUUGUUUAAUUUUUUUUUGCUAAUAUAUAAUUUGCAGUGUACGCACAGAUUUUGCAUUUUAAUAAGUCCAUUUUAUUUUUUUACGACUUCAAUGAAAAUAUAAUGGUUGAAUGUGUUUUGUACAGGAAAUAUUAUAUUGCUGCAUUGAACUUAUAACUCGUGUCAUUAAAGAAAGGAAUCGAAAACGCCGACGCAAGGUAUUCUAUCUCUCUCGCACGUCACUUAGCUAAGCAUGUGCGAGGGGGACAGAAUGUCUUACUCCGCCAUUUGCGAUUUAUUCCUUUAAUGACACGAGUUAUAAUAAUGUUCACUUUUUAUAGAUCAAAAGAUGCGAUAUUGUGUAUUUGUAUCGUAAGAAAAAUAUCUAGUUUUGUUAUUGCCUUAUAGCUAUUAACGGGAUUGUUACCAUGUACCUUAUUUUUUAUGAGUCUCCGAUAUUUCGGCACUGUUGCAAGCGCCAUGAUCACGAAGUAACUGAAGUAAUUGCGGGUAGAUGUUAUUGGCAGACAUAUCGGUCUACCCUCUGACAUCGUCUUUUACUGCUUUCGAUACCCCUACAUAGGGGUAUAAGAAUAGAGUAUGGGAGACUCUACUGCCAGUGGAAGUGUCCCUCUAAUAGAAAGAGAAAGAAGAUGGAAGACCGCUAGCUUUCUCUCUCUAAUCGCGCAUGCGCAUUGGCAACCGUAAGCAUAAUACUAUUUCGAUGUCAUGCCAUUGGAUGGCAUGGAUCACAAGAGAGAGAGAUAGCUAGCCGUCUCUCAUUUUCUUUCCCUUUCUACUAGACGGACACUUUUAAAGCCGCCUUCCCCACUCUAUUCUUAUACCUCUACGUACCCCCAUUACUGGUCACAUUUUCACUAUUCACUCGCACCUGUUUCCUACACACAAUACUCCCAUUAUAAGAUAGCAGGACGAGACUUUAUUUUUUAUUUUUGCGGUUUUUGCACAUACGAACCACUGGAUUCCAGACACUCAUAUCGGAGACGAGUAAAAAAUAAGGUGCAUAGUAAUAACCCCGUUAAGUUAUAAUGUUAGUGACCAUAAAAGUUUCAAAAACAAAAUAUUGUUAUUGCCUGUCUAUCAAACAGCCCAAAUUUAGUAGAUAAAAUUAAUUACUAACAUAACUAGUCAAUUGACACCUCUAACAUAGAUUAUAAUUUGGUUAAAAAAUGUACAUAUACAAAAAUCAAGAGUCAUCUAGUCACUAAAGGUUAAGUUUUUACACUUAUUUGUUAAUUGUUAUUAUUAUUAUUAUAAUUAUAAUUAACUUGUACAGUUCUAAUGAGAGUAAUAUAUUGUAAAUUAAUUGUUUUAUACUUUAUUUAAAUUAAAUACUGUUUUGUACUUGAUAAUAAACUUUAUUGCAAAACAUAGGAAAUAUGCCAUCCUGAGAGGAAUGUACCUAAAACGUCCCGAAAUAAACAUUAACCAAAUCUACAAUAAGUUGUAUGAUUUCAUAACAAACAAAGGAAGCCCAAGCAACAUCGACGGUAAUACAGUAUUUGCUUAACUAUUUCUGAUUGGACAUUUUUAAAACGCAUUGCAUUAUUAUAAAUCAUAUCAUUGUCAUUUUCUUAAGUUUCCAUUUGACCAAUUAUGAUUAAGUAUAAGUUUUACGCAGUAAAUCAUAAUCAGAAAUCAAUCGCAUGACAUUUACGUAUCAAAGUAACUUGUAUUAAUCAUUACAAUGUUCUGAUUAAAUUACUAUACAAAUAAAAGGAAAAUAUCACCAAUACUAGACACUAGACAAAUACUCUAUUAACGACAAUUUUAAAUUUUGUAUAUAAUUCAUACUCUUCUAGAAAUUCAAUAUGGUCCCAAAACAAGAGUUCGUACUCUGAAUACCAGCUACGUCGUAUAAAACGUUACAAUAUAGUUAUAUAACAUUAUCUUACAUACUAACCCUUUAAAAACCGUCAUCUAGACAACUUCGGCAUUCGUCAUAAAGGCACUUUCAACAUACACUCUAUAAGGAAAUAUAUAAAAGAUAUAAAAAUUACAACAUACAACCGAAUAAACUGUUCUUUAGGAACUACAUUUUGUAAAUCAGACAAACUUAAAAAAUAUUUUUAACAGAAUUAACCAGAACUUUUGUAUAUAGUAUCAUAAUACAAAAUUAUUAAAUUUAAGCUACUUUCUUUCAUUGAUGAGAUUAAGCCAAAAUUAGGAAGCAUAAAAUCUUUUAUAUAAAAAGUUGAUUAUAUGUACAUUUACAAAUAACAGAUUUUGAUUAAAUUCUGUUAAAUAUAUUGAAAUAGAACGGGAAUUCACUUUUCAAGGAAUGCAAAUAUCGGGGAAUGUUGUAUCAUGGAAAUACCAGGAAUUACACACUUGAUGAAUUGUUACUGUUCCAUAUGACAAUAAGUCCAUAAGAUCUAUUGAGCCGAUAUGAUGCAACGAUAUACUAAUUAUCACAUUUUUUUCAGACUAAUCAGUGGAGACAUAUAUACCUCAAAUAUAUAUAUAUAUAUAUAUAUGUGUGUGGAGAUAUAUGUACCUCAAUAAUUCGACAUUAGUUUGUAACGCCUUAUUUGUUAUUGAUAUGGUUUUCGACGUCUUUGCGUUAUUUCGUAGCUUUCUACAAAAGCAAUUUGUUUUAGAAUGUACUGCCUACUACAUAAAGUAACAUUUACUUGUCUUUUUAUGCAAAUUUAUGGUAAUUAGCAACAGGUUCGACUUUUGUUUUUAACUCUGUUUCUACAGUGUCGAAAUAAUAGGUGACGUCAUAAGUAAUAGCAAUGAACUUAGGCAGUUAUCCUAAAGUCCACUCUUUGUGUCUAAAUUUCAUUUCUCUUUACAUUGUCAACUUUAACACUAAGAAAGUACUAAAAAAAUAGUUUAUCCACCUUCCCUUUCUAAAGACUACAACAUAUUAAACGGCAAAGAUUCUUUUCUACAAAUCACAAUAUUUUAAGCGGCAAAGAUUCUUUCAAAAUCACAGAUACAACUAAAUAAUAUUUCAGAAGUAAAGAACAGUAACAACUCACUUUGGACCUUACAGUCUAGGCUUUAAGGAUGGCUUUGGCUGCGGCGACGAUAUGCGGUGCGGAGAUGCCGUAUUUGUCGAGCAAAGCCGCUGGCGGGCCCGAGCGAGGAACCUCUUUUACGUAAACGUGAUUAACGAUCACGUCACGUUCUAGGGCCACAGCUGACAUAACUGCUUCACCGAUACCUCCUGCAAUUAAAAGUGCAAUCUUUAUCUAUCUAUUCACUGAUGUCCCUACUAUCACACUAAUAUUAAAAAGGCGAAAGUUUGUGAGUGUUUGAGUGUGUAUGUUGGUUACUUCUUCACGUCUAAACGGCUGGAACGAUUUAAAAAAAAUGGUAUGGAGUUAGCUGACACCCUGGAUUAACACAUAGGUAAAACGUAGUUUUACUCCGGGAAAAUAUCCCUAAUAAACCGCGGAUAACGCCGCGGGGCUCAACUAGUUUCACACACAAAUAUCAUUUAAAGUGCAUCUUAUGUAUAAACAUAAGGAUGCCCUUUAAAUGAUAUUUGUGAGGCAGCGACAUCUACACGUCCCACAUAAAACUAAUGGAGGAUGAAAUCACCCAGCUUGUCGAGAGAUGGCGCUACUGACGGCGAAAAAAAUAGUAUGCGAAGCCUACAUCGCGCUAGAGAAAUUUGGAGGCUGAGACUGACACGUCAUUUAAACAAUUCCCAACAAACGUGCCCAAACUCACAUCACCCAGUUGAGCGUAGAAGUUCCUUCUCUUUGGCUUUAUUAGCCUUCCUACAUUUGUUGUUUGUAAAUUUGACAGCAAGCUCUUUGAGCAUGAUAAAGAUAUUAUAUGUGGCGCGAGAUACCGUAUUUGUCGAGCAAAGCCGCGGGAAUGUCCAAACAAGGAUCCACUAUAAUAUAAUAAACGAAAGUUUUAAAUCGAGCUUCUGAACGCAACAAAAAAUGACAUUUGGUUGACGAUUUGGGUUAUCAACCAUUCAUAAAGCUCAAUAAAUGAAAAACAAAAAUCAACCAAUAAUAAUUAUCAGUAUUUGUUAUUGUUUAAAAAUGUUUGAUUUUUAUUCUAGAAUUAGCCGAGUGCUAAAAAAGUGUUCAGAGAUUUUUUUGCAAACUGUACUUUACAAGCUACAUUGGACAAAUGGAGAUCAUUGGCUUUCCUAUUUGAAUCGCAUUAUACUGCCAAAUAGCCUAUUGGUACCUACUUAUUUUUUCAUACUGUGAAAUAGCUCAUUAUUAUUACUCACCGGCUUGGUAAUGGUCCUCUACGACAACGACUCUUCCUCCCACGGCGCGCGCGUGCUGCAAUACCGCCGCUUCGUCCAACGGCUUGAUGGUGAAUGGGUCGAGAAUUCGGGCUUCAACGCCUAUAUUAUAAUAAUAAAAACAUUAUAUUAUUAAUAUUUUUAUUUUCAAUCAUGUAACUGCUAGGAUGUUUAAAUCUAAAGUUUUUUUAAUAGAAAAAACUGGACGCGGACCAGGUUGCAGACGGGACUCGAACCCGCACCCUUCGCUAUACGGGCGAAAGUACUGACCAAUUAUGCUACCGCGGCCCUAAUUGUCCGUGUCGAAUUUUCUCUAGCAUUUCUUAGGCUGCAAGGCAGCGUCAACUCUUCGUAUUGUAGGUAACCCACAAUGUCAAAUGAAUACCUUUACAAGAAUUAAACAUUUGAAGGAUGAAACAGUAAUUCUAGUUAUAUUUCUAUUUAUCAUCUGCUAGAUGUUUAAUAUAAACAUCUAGCAGUUAAAAGUCAAUAAAAAUAAAAUAAACAUCUAGUUUGUUAAAUGAUUGGUCCGAGUGAAUUUUAUCUAGUAAAAUUUUCUUUAGUAUCUAUACCUUAAUUUUGUUUUUAUUUCUCUUUAACUAUAAUGCUUUAAUUUACUUGACCGCAUAAUGUCUCUGCUUAGCCCGAUGGUUGACUGGUAGAGAAUGCCAUGUGGCAUUAAGUCCGCCAUUUGUAACAAAACAAUAAAGAGUAAAUAAAUAAAUACCUUCUUCCUUCAGUUUGUCCGCUGCAGCGACUGCUUCGUGUAAAGUGAUUCCGGCGCCGAUCAAAAGCACCUUAUCUUUAGCAGACUGACGGACCACUUUAGCUUGACCAACCUAGAGAGGAAAUUAAACGGUUUAAUUACUUGAAACAUAGCAUCAAUCUAAGUACCUAAACACUCAAACUUGAAGCCUUUAUUGAUAAGGUCGAUAUUUGCCAUAAACACUGACAUAAUAAUAUAUGAAGUCGUUUGAGGUGCUCAAACUCUAUUGCCUCUUAACACAAAACGAAGACUAAAGUUAAACCUGGACUAAAGCUGCUGUAGCAAAACAAGAGCUGUCACUUUUGUUUGCUUAAAAGCAGACUUAAGACAAUAUUAGAUUUAAAUCAAGACUAACAGCUGUAGUCCGCGUUUUGUAGUCAGGGGUAUUUUAUUUACAGCUCACUUUGGGAAUCAAACUAUUAAAGCACCCACCAAAAUCAUGACCUUAUUAAGUUUUAAAAUCACACAUUUAUUUAAAUUAAGAAAGCAAUACACUAAUUUAGUCUGGCUAAACGCGUAAAAAACUAAACUAAACACGAAAAGCCAAGUAAAGGGUUGACUUGACAAUAAACUUUAUUAUUCUUGAUUUUUUUCUCCACAACUCCUAAGUAACUGUUCAUUAUAAAUACAACAUAUGCUAUUUCGCUGUUAAUCUUUUUAGCCUGAAUCGUUCGUUUAUUACAUCUAGAGUAAGGCCCGUAUUACAGAAAGAUUCUCAGUAAUGAAUCUAGUCUUGAGCAUAGUUAGAAAGGGAUGGCGCUAUAUAUAGCACAUAGCGGUUACAACCGUCUGCACAACUGAAAAUUAGUGGUAUCUUUAAAAUAUACGCUAUUCCAGUCAAGUGGACGUGAGAACUUUAUUGUAGAGCUACUACCACACAGAAGCUUAUCUAGAAAGCCAACUCGACAAUUUCGUGCCAAACACUCCAAGAAACAUUAGAAUGCGUCACACCGACAUUCUAAUGUAAAAAUAAAGAUUUAUAUAACUAAUCACUGGGUUGUAUGGGCAUUGUUCCCUUUGCCUUACCUAAAAAGGAAGAAUCAUUAAAAAAAGGGACGGGACCAAUUUUAAUCAUUUCGACGCCUAUUUACCUUGAAAGUCUCAUCGUUGGGGUACAACAUUGAAGUAUUGGGGCGGGAGGUGCGGAUGUAGCAGAUUCCCUUCGUAUUGGCGGCCAAUUCUACGGCGCGUUCGGUCGAUACUGCGUCACUGUGAAAUAAAACAUAAUAACCAUUAUCAUCAUCAGCCAAAUAAUAUCUCCACUGCUGGGGCACAGUCCUUCCCUAUGGAUGGAUUAGGGAGAUUGGGCCAUGACCCACCACGCGGGCCCAGUGCGGAUUGGUGGGUACUAACGACUGCAGAUGCAGCCGGGACCAAUGGCUUAACGUGCCUUCCGAAGCACGGAGGAACUCGGGAUAGAAGAUUUUUGGUCACCCAUCCAAUGACCGACCACUGCGAAAGUUGCUUAACUUCAACUAUCGCAGCCGAACGCGCUAACCACCUGCACCAUCGAGCUCCUGGUAUAAAUAACCAUUAUACCUCUUAAUAAGUGAAGGGUUUACCAUUUUUAAGCACGUUUUGCUCAUGGACAAGUGACAGAUUUUGUAUAGUUAUGUUUCUUUUUUUUUCUAUUAAAAAUUUUCUUUAGAUUUUGUAUAUUUAAAUUUUAUAUGGUAGUAGUUUUUCACAGUGUAGUGUAGGAAGGAAUAUUUUAUAAGUAUAUCAUUAUUACUUAAUUUUAAAUUAAUAUAGCACACACUACCAUGUGUUUGUAUAUACGUAAUAUAAUGAGUUUAUAGGCAAACCAACUUCGCACAUAUUAAUUUGAAAUGCUAUUUAAUAAAAGAACUAAAAUGGUUACAGAACCGACAAUCAUGGAGAUUUAUAGAAGUAAAAUACUCUUUAAUAAAAGAAAUAAUAUUGUUGGAUACGGAUUAUCACGGAUGGAAGCAAAAACAGUUUUCAGACUAUAAACAUGGCAAGGUUAAGAAGAAGGAAAAUAGGCCUUGUGCCUAAUAAAAAUAAAUAUAUACUUAGGACGGGUAAAAGUCAGCAGCAAUAGGCACGGCCCGGAAUAAAGCAUUUCUUCCAGCCCCGUCAGCAAGAGACCGACUUAUGGUACCCAUAUGAACCUAGAGUGGAGAUAAGGGAACACAUUUUCAACAAUAGCUGUAUACUUACGAUGGAUAGAAGACAGUAGCAGUAGGCACGGCCCGGAAUAAAGCGAUGUCUUCUAGUCCCAUCUGCGAGGGACCAUCCUCGCCGAUACUGACACCGCAGUGGGAACCGGCCAGGUUGAUGUUCGACUGACUUAUGGCACCCAUACGGAUCUAUAUGGGUUAGGGAACACUUUGUAAAUGACUGUGUCGAGAAAAUACUUUUUUUUAACUAUAUAUUUUAUGUGUUGUAUUUUCUAAAUAAACUUAUAACAGUUUCUAAG